AUCUCUGUUUUGUGCUACUCCCUCGUUUUGAUACCGCGAGGUUGCUUUAUUGUUUUGCUGAUUUCCAAAGAUGUACUUCGGCGGCCCUGAUGAUAUACCCAUUGAGGGGAUGGAGUUUGAGAAAUCAAAGCCUAGGAUUCUGGUGGUCGCCAUGUUCUGCGUUGCCGCGAUCGUGGCUCACUUCUUCGCUCAAGAUAUGGGAGGAUGUGUGACAAUGGCCAUCUUCGGCUCUCUUUUGUAUUACUUCUACAAAUCCCCAACCCACUUAAGCAUCACCCUCUCGCUUGCCACAAGCUUUGCUACUCUCUUCAUGACUGGAUUUAUCUGGCUUGGCAUUCUAGUAGCCUCUCAGUUGCAAAUAUGGCUUACAGACAGUGUAACGAAAUUUGAGUUUAUUGUGUACUUCCUCGAUUCUGUCGCCGCCGGCAUCGCUCUCUACCAGAUUCAAUAUGUAUUUAAUUCACCCAGCUCUGGAGGCCCGCGUUCGUUCCUGCCCAGAUGGGCUGAUUAUGGGGCUGGUGGUGGACUAUCGAGCUGGAGUCCAUUUCAGGGACCAGCACAGACAGUUGGAGGUGACACAGACGUUUCUCAAGAUGCCCAAUCAGGAAGCAAGAAAUGAAUCACCCGAAGGCAAAACUUCCCGGAAAGCAGUGUACGCGCUAAACAACGCGUCGACCAGAGAAAACUGAGAUUAACACUCUGUCUGACGCGACUUAGUUUCUCUCGUUACAUCACUUUCACCUGGUUGUCAAGCUACCAGUCGUAAACCGUCCAGACACAUAUAUGUACGGUGAACUAUCCCUUCGAAAAUGCUCUCGCACGCCACCAAUCUUGACAGGGCCGAGGCCAACACCCACCACGCUCAAUGUAACAUCUCGUUGUAGA